AUGUCUGAAAGACACACUGCCAGAGGGAGUUCACAAGAGAGCAAAAGCUAUGACAACUCUACAGGAAGUAGUCAAGAACUAAAUCUCGAGAGCAGUCCAAAAAAACCUGAAAGUAACCCCUCUAAUAUUGGUUCCAGUGACCUGCAACUGGUUACAAAGAGGAGGAAUUCAGAACAGUUUGACGCUAGUCAAAUUGUCGAGUUACUUGCCAUGAAUAACGGAGAAAUGAAGGACUUGGAAGACCUGAUUCAGAAGGAAUUCCGAAACAUUACCAGAGAUUACUUAAAGGGUCGUCUUUCCAGAAUAAACUAUAUGAUAGGAAAUUUUGGAGACCACAUCAAGCAGUUCAAAGAGAACGAGAAGGCGUGGACAAAAGUCGUGCAGUUUGAGUCAGAGACCAUUGAAUCAGUUAAGUAUAGUCAAGAAAACGUGUGUUUAAACGAAAAGACUAAUUUAAAGCUGUACCAGGCUUUGAAUGAUGAGAUUGAAGGGUUAUUAAAAAACACCCAAAGCCCUAUGGAUAUCGACAAAUAUUUGACAAAAACAAAUGAUCAGGUUCUUCCUUUCAGUGAGAGUUUCACUAAGUUAAUAUCCGGGUAUGCAAGAGAUUUGUUCACUUUAUCGGAAGAAAAUCGUUUACAAACUGACUUGAUAAAGACACAUAUGGAAAAUAGCCGAAUCAUAAUAUGGCAGCAAUUCCGAUCAAACUUGAUCAAUUACAAAUAUUACUUGAUUGAUAAAUGUCUCGAAGAGUUAGCCGAUAUAGAGAGGGAAGAACAAGGAUUGAAUUCAAGCAAACAUAAAAUCAGCCAGUGGGAUGAUUAUCACAACUCUUUGGUUUCAAGCACAAAAGGCAUUAAUUCCGACACCAGGAACUAUAUUGCAAAUAAGUUUGUGAAAAGGAAUCGUGUGGAGUUAACGAACAUCAAGCUAAAUAACUUGAAUAACAAGCACCGUUUUGACCGUUCACAAAAUAAUUACAAUCCCUAUAUCAACCCCAACAAGCGAGUUAAACUAUCAGUUUGUCAGGGAUUGGGUGACGACGAAAUCAAUGACGAUCUAUUUAUGAUCAAAAACAAGGUGAUUGUUGAUGACUCAGAUGGGCACGAUUAUGAUUUGAUUAAUGACAAGGAUUCAAGCGUCGAUGGUAACUUCCCGUUAACGCCUAAGGCAGAUGAACUUCAAACUGAAUAUGACAGGCUCUUAAAUUUGAGAACUGAAGAAGAUAACCAGAAGGUGGAAUUGCCAUUGUUGCCUCCCAUAGAGUGCUUCCCUCUUAAUAUGUAG